AUGGCGUUUGCGCUACGAGGCAGUAGCCUUAUCGGGAGUUUGCUGAAAGGGGUGGACACGAGCUCGCUCCAGUCUCUCAGGUCCGAGCAGCUGCUGUAUUUGUGCCUCUGUAAGACGGUGACGGCCACAAGAACACACAGACUCUCAGAGUGGAUCAUGUGCAACCGCAGGCUAAGAGUCAGCUACGCCUCAUCCAGUCGUCUCUUGAGCAAUAAGAACCAGUUCAAGUCCUUCCUCCGCACAAUCCCCAAUGACGAGCAUCAGGCCACGGCGAUGGCAGACAUCAUCGAGUACUUUCGCUGGAACUGGGUGGGAACAAUUGCGGCUGACGAUGACUACGGCCGGCCAGGGAUUGAAAAGUUUCGGGAGGAAGCAGAGGAGAGAGACAUCUGCAUUGACUUUAGUGAGCUCAUCUCCCAGUACUCCGAUGAGGAGGAGAUCCAGCAGGUAGUGGAGGUCAUCCAGAACUCCACGGCAAGGGUGAUCGUCGUUUUCUCCAGUGGCCCGGACCUGGAGCCCCUCAUCAAAGAGAUCGUCAGGCGAAACAUCACUGGCAAGAUCUGGCUAGCAAGCGAGGCCUGGGCCAGCUCUUCCCUGAUAGCCAUGCCAGAGUUCUUCCGCGUCAUCGGCAGCACCAUUGGGUUUGCACUAAAGGCAGGACAGAUCCCAGGCUUUCGUGAGUUCCUGCAGAAGGUGCAUCCCAAGAAGUCCACCAACAACGGCUUUGCCAAAGAGUUUUGGGAGGAGACCUUUAACUGCUAUCUCCCCGAUGGGUCCAAAAAUUCUCCAGCUUCAACUUCCUUCCACAAGGGCCAUGAAGAAGGACUGGGAGCUGGAAAUGGAACGUCUGCCUUCCGACCUCCGUGCACAGGGGAUGAGAACAUCACCAGCGUGGAGACACCGUACAUGGACUACACACACUUGCGGAUAUCCUAUAAUGUGUAUUUGGCAGUAUAUUCCAUCGCCCAUGCCUUGCAGGAUAUAUAUACCUGUACUCCUGGGAAAGGACUCUUCACUAACGGAUCCUGUGCAGACAUUAAGAAGGUUGAGGCCUGGCAGGUUCUCAAGCAUCUGCGCCACUUAAAUUUCACCAAUAACAUGGGGGAGCAAGUGGAUUUUGAUGAGUUUGGGGACCUGGUAGGGAAUUACUCAAUAAUCAAUUGGCAUCUCUCUCCGGAGGAUGGCUCCGUUGUCUUUGAGGAGGUUGGGCACUACAACGUUUAUGCCAAGAAAGGGGAGAGGCUCUUCAUCAAUGAAAACAAGAUCCUGUGGAGUGGAUUUUCCAAGGAG